CGGGCGGGCGGCAAGAUGGCGGCGUGCGCGCUGCGCUGCGGGCGCGCGGCGAUGCUGUGGCGGCUGCCGGGCGCGGGGCUGGGCGGCCGCGGGGUGCUAGCCGCCAGCGCCAGCCGCUCCGCGUCCCGCCUGCCGCCGAGCAGCGGCCAGCGUGCGGCCGCGCAGAGGAGGCUGGUGUCGUGGCGGUCGCUGGCGGCCACCUUCGUGGUGUGCGGGGGGCUGCUGGUCCUCAUGAAGAAGGUGAAGCGGCAGAAGGAGGAGGAGCUGGAGAAGGAACGGAACAGAGGCAUUGGGAAACCACUGCUGGGAGGACCCUUCUCGCUCGUCAGCCACGAGGGGCAGCCCCGGAGCAGCGAGGACUACAUCGGCCAGUGGGUGCUGAUCUACUUUGGCUUCACACACUGCCCUGACAUCUGCCCUGAUGAGCUGGAGAAAAUGAUUCAAGUGGUCAAUGAAAUUGAUGGAAUUCCAUCUUUGCCCAGUCUGACUCCACUCUUCAUCACCAUUGAUCCUGAGAGGGACAAUGAAGAAGCCAUUGCCAGAUACGUUAAAGAAUUUUCUCCCAAGCUGGUGGGAUUGACUGGUACCAAGGCACAGAUUGACCAAGUGGCCAAAGCUUACCGUGUGUAUUACAGCGAGGGACCCAAAGAUGAAGAUGAUGAUUACAUAGUGGAUCACACAAUAAUCAUGUACCUGCUCGGGCCGGACGGGAGCUUCGUGGACUAUUACGGCCAGAACAAGAGAAGCACAGAGAUUGCUGCUUCCAUUGCUGCACACAUGAGGAAAUACAGAUCCUAGAACACAGGGCCUUCCAAGCUUGAUGUGAGGAUCACCUGUGGGUUUGGCUGUGGCUGGGCACUGGAGCUGCAGCAGAAGCACACAGGUUUCACAACCUGUCACCUCGUGCCUCCUGUCUUCCCGACUGGGAA